AAUACGUCAUUUUAUAACUCAACUACACUUCCCAUGAUUCCAAUCCACAAUAGACUACAGAGGACAACAUGGCUGCGUUUGGUGCGUUCCUCAAAAACGCGUGGAAUAAGGAGCCAGUGGUGUUGGUCUCCUGCGCGCUUGGUCUCCUAGCUGUUGUUGUACCAAUCAUCAGUCCCUUCACGAAAUAUAGUGCAAUGUUGAAUUCAGCUGUACCCUUCAACUACCCAGUUCCUGUUCGAGACGACGGCAACAUGCCGGAUGUUCCGAACCACCCGAGUGAAGCUAAAGGACCAAACCUGGACUGGAUUAAAAAGCUGUAACUGUUUAAACUCCUAACUUUUCUGUAGGUCUACUGAUUCUUUGUAAGUCUAAAACAUAUAUAAAGAUUCUUUAUUUAA